AGGGAGGGGCCUCGGGUCCGGCGGCGACCACGGGAGCUUCUGGCCGGAGCGGGAGCCGAAACGGCGGGAAGCCGCUGGCAGCACCUGGUCCGAGAUGGGGUCCCAGGUCUCGAUGGACGUGGGAGCCGUGCAUGUAGUGAUCGUGGGCGGGGGCUUUGGCGGCAUCGCGGCCGCCAGCCAACUGCAGGUGCUGAACAUCCCCUUCGUGCUGGUGGACAUGAAGGACUCCUUCCACCACAACGUGGCAGCCCUCCGGGCCUCCGUGGAGAGUGGGUUUGCCAAAAAGACAUUCAUUUCCUACUCGGUGACCUUCAAGGAAAACUUCCGGCAGGGCCUGGUGGUUGAGAUAGACCUGAAGAAUCAGAUGGUGCUGCUGGAGGACGGCGAGGCCCUGUCCUUUACAUAUCUCAUCCUGGCCACGGGCAGCACUGGGCUCUUCCCAGGCAAGUUUAACCAGGUGUCCAGCCAGCAGAUGGCCAUCCAGGCCUAUGAGGACAUGGUGACGCAGGUCCAGUGUUCACAGUCCAUCGUGGUGGUCGGAGGAGGCUCUGCGGGAGUGGAGAUGGCAGCAGAGAUUAAAACAGAAUACCCUGAGAAAGAGGUCACUCUCAUUCACUCCCAAAUGGCCCUCGCAGACAAGGAGCUCCUGCCCUGUGUCCGGCAGGAAGUGAAGGAGAUCCUGCUCCGGAAAGGCGUGCAGCUGCUGCUGAGUGAGCGGGUGAGCAACCUGGAGGCGCUGCCUCUCAACGAGCAUCGCGAGCUCAUCACUGUGCAGACGGACAAAGGCGCGGAGGUGGCCGCCAACCUGGUGAUCGCCUGCAGCGGUAUCAAGAUCAACAGUUUGGCCUACCGCAGCGCGUUUGGUGAUCAGCUGGCCAGCGAUGGCGCUCUGAGAGUGAACGAGUACCUCCAGGUGGAGGGCUACAGCCACAUCUACGCCAUCGGUGACUGCGCCGAUGUGAGGGAGCCCAAGAUGGCCUAUCACGCCAGCCUCCACGCCAAUGUCGCCGUGGCCAACAUCGUCAACUCCAUGAAACAGAGGCCCCUCAAAGCCUACAAGCCAGAAUUAGAAGUCUCUACUGAAGAGGAAAAUGAUACUGGAGAUAUAAAAGAUGGAUCCCUCUUGAAAGCAAAAAGGAAGCAUAAGAAAAAACAUAAGGAGAGGCAUAAAAUGGGAGAAGAGGUUAUACCAUUGGUUGUGCUUCUAGAGAGGCCAAGUGGAACCCCCAGGAGAUGGCAGGACUCCACCUCCAGCGCAGCAGGAGCCCCACCUAUGUGCACCAGCGGAUCCUUAUGCCCCUGAGAUGACAUGUGGGUGUUUUGUCCAGACCAGGAUGACUGCUGCUCUUGGGUAGGAGAUGAGGUAUUUCCCCUAAUGCAUUUUCAUCUUCACAUGAAUUUGGUGAACUGGAUGUCUGGGGCAAGUCUCAGUUCUCUCUCUCUUUGUGGUUAUUAUUAUUAGUUGUUAUAAUUAUUCAGAUGAUGAUGAUGAUUAUUGUUAUUAUUAUUAUUCAGUUCAGAGGCUUCCCUAGAGGCUGAGUGAGGGAGCCUCCCCACACCACACUCAGACACUCAAGUAUGUUUGGAGGGGCACAGUACGAUGUGCCGAUCACUUGGGAAAAAUAUUGAUUCCAGCAAUCACUUUCCACUGACGCGCGGAUGGAGGGGUUUCUCCAUUAAUGUGCUUGGGUUUCACGACACUAUUUGGUUAUGGUGAUCGCAGGCUAUGGCAAGUGCCUCUAAGUCUCCUUUCUGCCCCUCAGGCCCCUGGCCAGUUUCGAUCUGCUGGAUCACAGAAGCCUGGAGAAGGCCAAGUAGCUGAAGCUGGUAGCCAAGUUCACUGUGAGAAGCAGGGGAAACAGGUCUAGGCUUCUGUGCUCUGCUUUCAGGGGUCAAAUGGGACCAUGUAAAAAUCAAGAUGAGCCCACCCUCUUCCCUGAAGACAUUUAGGAAUAAAGUAGUCUGUAGAGUUGAUGAGGGGGGACUUCCCCUGUGUGGAAGACUCCAGUGAAGAAGUGAAGAAGGAAUCAGAAUAUCUAGGAUUAGAAUAUCUCCCCUUUGCGACCCCUAACGAAUGGACAAAACUAGAGAAGGAGCAUCAUGAGAGAGUGGGGCUCCUCCUGAUGGGAGAACAUUCCAUCACUGCCCAAGUAGUCUUGCUACAAGUUUUUGAACCUGAAUCUAAUUAAGCCUCUGGAUCCAACUACCAACUUCUAAGAAAAGCAGAGAAGAAACAUGUUGAAUGACGCUAGGAGGAUGGAAUCAACAAAAUCCAGACUGUGGGAAACCCUGCAGGACAAACGGCCCAGCUUCUUCAACAAAUAAAUUGCUAAGAAAAAAGGAGAGAGACAAAGGGGGAUCCAAUGGGUUAUAAGCGACUUAUCAACCAAUUGUAACGUGUGAACUUAUUGGGGCCUGAAUCAAAUAAACAAAUUUUUAAAAAUUGACGUG